AUGACCCCCUCCUCAGAGAAAGAACCCAACGGGCUGGAUAACCCCAGCUUCAUGGAUGAAGAUGGGAGCCAUUACUCCAUGCCAGACCAUGCUGCCAUGGGCUCAGAGGAAGGUGGGAACAAGGGCCAUGGGAGCAGCAAGCUUGCCUACACUGUCACAGAAGUGCCCCCCUGGUACCUGUGCGUCCUGCUGGGAAUUCAGCAUUUCCUGACAGCCAUGGGAGGUUUGGUAGCCAUCCCACUGAUCCUCUCCAGAGAGCUUUGCCUCCAGCACGACCUCCUCACCCAGAGCCACCUGAUCAGCACCAUCUUCUUUGUCUCAGGGAUUUGCACCCUGCUGCAAGUCCUCUUUGGAGUCAGGUUGCCUAUUAUUCAAGGAGGCACUUUUGCAUUCCUGACCCCAACCCUGGCCAUGCUGUCUCUACCCACGUGGAAGUGCCCUGCCUGGACACAGAAUGCCACCCUGGUGAAUGCCUCUUCACCAGAGUUCAUUGAAGUCUGGCAGACACGGAUGCGAGAGGUGCAAGGAGCUAUCAUUGUAGCUUCCUGCUUUCAAAUCUUCGUUGGAUUUUCUGGCCUGAUAGGAUUUCUGAUGAGAUUCAUUGGCCCCCUGACAAUUGCCCCCACCAUCACCUUGGUUGCCUUACCUCUCUUUGACUCUGCUGGGGAUGAGGCUGGACAGCACUGGGGCAUAGCAUUCAUGACUGUUUCUUUCAUAGUCCUGUUCUCUCAGUACCUGAAAGAUGUCCCUGUGCCACUGCCAUCUUACCAGAGAGGCAAGAAGUGCCACUUCUCCCCAGUCUACAUCUUCCAGAUUUUCCCGGUGUUGCUGGGGCUAUCUCUGAGCUGGCUGCUCUGCUACGUGCUGACAGUGACCGACGUCCUUCCUGCAGACCCUAACAGCUAUGGACACCCGGCCCGGACAGACACCCGUGGGGAUGUUUUGUCCCAGGCUCCUUGGUUUCGGCUGCCUUACCCAGGUCAGUGGGGAGUGCCAACUGUCAGCCUGGCUGGGAUUUUUGGCAUCUUAGCCGGGGUGAUUUCCUCCAUGCUGGAAUCCGUAGGAGAUUACUACGCCUGCGCCCGCCUGUCCGGAGCCCCGCCACCACCCAAGGAGGCCAUCAGCCGUGGCAUCGGGGUGGAAGGCAUCGGUUGCCUCCUGGCUGGGGCCUGGGGGACAGGGAAUGGCACUACAUCCUACAGUGAGAAUGUCGGGGCCUUGGGCAUCACCAAGGUCGGGAGCCGAAUGGUGAUCAUUGCUGGUGCUUGUGCCAUGCUCCUGAGUGGCAUCUUCGGGAAAGUUGGGGCGACGCUUGCCAGCAUACCCACCCCGGUGAUUGGAGGCAUGUUCCUUGUCAUGUUUGGAGUUAUCACAGCAGUGGGGAUCUCCAAUUUGCAGUACACAGAUAUGAACUCCUCCAGAAACAUCUUUAUCUUUGGGUUUUCUGUAUUCGCUGGCCUCACAAUUCCCAACUGGGCAAGCAAAAACAGUGCACUGCUGGAAACAGGAAUCAUCCAGCUGGACCAGGUGAUCCAGGUGCUUCUUACCACUGGCAUGUUUGUGGGAGGACUCCUGGGCUUUAUCCUUGAUAACACCAUUCCAGGAACAGAGGAGGAGCGGGGGCUCCUGGCAUGGAAGAAUAGCCACAAGGGAGAGGAGGGUAACUCUCAGCUCAUUUCCAAGGUCUAUGAUCUCCCAUUUGGAAUAGGCACCAAACACUGUGCUGUCUCUUGGUUUCGGUAUCUCCCUGCUUGCCCCAAAAGAAUACCUGGUGGCAAGAAAAUGGAUGGACUGGAAAGAAGUGUUAAAGCAAGUUCAGAAAGAGACUCUGAGACAGCUGCUGAUACAAGAAUAUAAGUACCUGGUCAUCAGGUGAACUCAUCUCAGGAGCAGAGGUCUGAAAAGCAUGUCUGUGGUCCCCAUCAUUUGAGUAUGAGCUGGCGGCUGUUGGAGGCUGGAGCAGGAGAGCAGUAAUGUCUUUCUCUUAUCACCUCUGCCCCCUUAACCACUGGUGACCUUGAAGGAGCCAUCUUUCUCCUCUCUGGACCUGCCUGCCUACUUUGAGGAAGAACAUAAUCCAUUUUGGGGGAACACCAAAGCCCAAGAAAUUCCUGAGAAAGAUGUUCAGUUUCCUUCCUUGCAUUGAGCCUUAGGACCCCCAGGGAGCAGCAGUUUAGCUAAAGCACAGAUCUUCCUGCCCUCUGUCCUGGCUGCUCAAGGAGAAAGUAUCCUCAGUGUGGGCCGUGUACCACUUUCAGCCACCCUUUGGGCUAAGGCUAAUCCCCACCACUUUUAAAGAUCCAUCAUGGCAAUGCUCACCUCUCAACUUCGUGCUGGCCAAGGGGAAGGGGCAGGCACUUCUCGGUCAUAAUUCAUCCCAUUACAUAUUCCCAUAAUUUGAAUUCAGUCAAAUGAAUGUUAUUGUAAGAGGCAUCUAAGAUUAAUGGGAUAGAUUGUCUUCUGAAUGCACUGUCUCCAACAUUAGACUGCAGAAGAAAUCUAGAGACCUUGAUUAAGUUCUAAAUAGAAAACCCCA